CAAUAAAAUAUAUACUAAUAUUGGUUUUUUAUAUCUUUUUUUUUUUUUAAAAAAAACAACAUAAAAUCAACAAACUACAAUAAUACAUAAUAACCAUAAUUAAAACAAUAAUAUAAAUAACAAUUAAAUUUAAUAUAGAGUUUUAGAGAAUAUUUUAGAUAUUUAUUAGCAGGAAAGCAAAUAAUUCAAUAGUAUAUUUAGCAAUUAUAAAAUUUUAUUGGAUAAAAACAACAAAGCACUUGUCAAGUCUAUUAUUUAUAAAUUUUAGCAUAACAAACUAUAAUAUUAAUCCAAAUACAUACAAACAACAUACAUAUACACAUAUAUACAUAUAAAUAGAAAUGUCAGCCGCUGAAGUAAUCAAACUCGUCGUUAUUGGUGAUGGUGCUGUUGGUAAAACUUGUUUAUUAAUCUCAUAUGCCAACAAUCGUUUCCCAGAAGAUUAUAUUCCAACUGUAUUUGAUAACUAUGUAGUAAAUUUAACAGCUGGUGAUAGAAACAUAGAACUCGGUUUAUGGGAUACUGCAGGUCAAGAAGAAUACGAUAAAUUAAGACCACUCAGUUAUGCCAACGCCAAUGUAUUUUUAAUUUGUUUCUCAAUUACUAACCCAGUUUCAUUCGAAAACGUUUAUACAAAAUGGUACCCAGAAGUUAUGCAUUUCUGUGCAGAUGUUCCACAAAUCCUUGUUGGUACCAAAUUAGAUACCCGUGAUGAUAGAAAUGUUUUAGACAAACUCGCUCAAACUGGUCAAAAACCAAUUACUUUCGAACAAGGUAAUGAUUUAGCUAGAAAAAUUAAAGCCAUUAAAUAUUUAGAAUGUUCAGCCAAAACUUCAUUAAAUCUCAAACAAGUAUUUGAUGAGGCCAUUAAAUCUGUCCUUUUCAUGAAAAAGAAGAAAUCAAAAUGUACCGUUAUGUAAAAAAAAAACUAUUUUAAAUAUUUCCACAUUACCACUCCUCCCCUCUAUAACUUAAAUUCAAACCAGCAAAAACAUAAU